CGUCCCCCGGCUCUCAUUGUGCAGCCGAGGAAACAUCGGAAGGUUUCGACGACGUCGGUAUGAAAUGGCAGAAAGUGCCUGUGUCGCGGAAGCACCGAGAUUAGGCUACGUAGGAGCUACACAUGUUUACUGUGGCGACCCCGGCCUGCUGAACUGAGAGCUAACGGGAGUGAGUCUGUUUGGGGGGUGGGGGGACGUGGAUUAAAGACCACCAGGAUUUCCUGCCUAAAAAAACCCGUCCAGCUCGCGUCUGAGGGAGGCAGCAGGCGGCGGCGGCUGCAGGUCGACACUGCUGGAAAUAACCGGAGAGGGAUCUUGAGAGGCCUGCCCUUCUUGGAUGCCCAGCCUCAGAGUUCUACCAAGGUUUCAUCAUGAACCGGAACAAGCGUGAAAAGGAGUAUUACAGCAUAGACGUGGGUGAUUCAACUUUUACGGUCCUGAAGCGCUACCAGAACCUCAGACCUAUUGGAUCCGGAGCACAGGGAAUUGUCUGUUCAGCGUAUGACCACAACUUGGAGAGGAACGUUGCCAUCAAGAAGCUGAGCCGGCCCUUCCAGAACCAAACCCACGCCAAGCGGGCCUACAGGGAGCUGGUGCUCAUGAAAUGUGUCAACCACAAGAACAUCAUCGGCCUGUUGAACGUAUUCACGCCUCAGAAGACGCUGGAGGAGUUCCAAGAUGUGUAUCUAGUGAUGGAGCUGAUGGACGCCAACCUGUGUCAAGUGAUUCAGAUGGAGCUGGACCACGAGAGGCUGUCCUACCUGCUCUACCAGAUGCUGUGUGGGAUUAAACACCUCCAUGCUGCAGGCAUCAUACACAGGGACCUGAAGCCCAGCAACAUUGUAGUAAAGUCUGACUGCACACUGAAGAUCCUGGACUUCGGCCUGGCCAGGACCGCUGCCACCGGCCUCCUCAUGACGCCCUACGUAGUGACCCGUUACUACCGUGCCCCUGAGGUCAUCCUGGGCAUGGGUUACCAGGCCAACGUGGAUAUAUGGGCUGUGGGCUGCAUUAUGGCAGAAAUGGUUCGCCACAAAAUCCUUUUCCCUGGAAGGGAUUAUAUUGACCAGUGGAACAAGGUGAUCGAGCAGCUGGGGACGCCGUCUCAGGAGUUCCUCAUGAAGCUCAACCAGUCGGUGAGGACCUACGUGGAGAACCGGCCGCGUUACGCCGGCUACAGCUUUGAGAAGCUCUUCCCUGACGUCCUGUUCCCUGCUGACUCUGAACACAACAAGUUGAAAGCGAGCCAAGCCAGGGACCUUCUAUCCAAAAUGCUGGUAAUAGACGCUUCCAAGCGGAUCUCUGUGGACGAGGCUCUCCAGCACCCUUACAUUAAUGUGUGGUACGAUCCGACUGAAGUGGAGGCACCGCCGCCCGCCAUCACAGACAAGCAGCUGGACGAGCGGGAGCACACAGUGGAGGAGUGGAAAGAGUUGAUAUAUAAAGAAGUGCUGGACUGGGAGGAAAGGACGAAGAACGGUGUCAUCAGGGGACAGCCUGCAUCUAUAGUACAGGUGCAGCAGUGAGCAGCAGCCCUCAGCAGCAGCACCAGCACCAUCCCUCCACGUCCUCGUCCUCUGACCCCACCCUGACCGACACGGACAGCAGCCUGGAGACGGCCCCCGGCCCCGCGGCCCCCGCGGCCCCCCCGGGCUCCGCAGGCCCUGUGGGCUGCUGCAGAUGACUAUCACACCUCCCCUCACCCACAGUACCCUCCUCCCCUCUGUGCUCGUCUCCAGUAGUUUAGCGUAUUAGUCAGAUAGCUGUUUAAGUAAAAUGUCUGAAACAACAGAUCUUCAUCCUGUUUUCCUUUUUCAAAUAAUCAUUCGUAGUCUUUUGUUUCUGUUUUAAAAUCUAAAUUUUUUUGUCUAUAAUUUAUUGUUUUUUUUUUUUAGAAAAUGGUAAUGUUUUUGACAGUAAGAUUUCUAAAAUGAUCUUUUUUUUUUUUUUUUUCAAAAGAUCUUUCAACAGUUGACAUAUUUUUUUUCUUACUGCUUUUUGCAACUGGCCAUAUCAUCGUAGAUCACGUUUGUACAGAUUCGACGGUAGCUGUCAGUUUCGUCUUCAGUACAGACUUUCGGUGAGCCUUUGAAACCUUAUUUAAUUUCCAGACUCUUCUUUGAUCUUCCCUUAUUUGAUUUAGUCUAAAACAUUCUGAAUCUUGAUUUAUUUUUAUUUUUUUUUGGCUGCAGAUGACAUAUCCAUUUAUUUGAAACUAAUUUUGAUUUCUUUGUAAAAAAGAAAAGAAAAAAACAGGUUGCUCACAACGAGUCACUACUACUUCCUACAUUGUAAACUUUCACUUUUUAUGAAUGCUUUAUAAUUUUCUGAUUUUUCACUUCCCAUUUGGAGAAAAAAAAAACAACCCAACAAAAUGCUGAGAUUUGGUUGAGUCUCCUUUUGUCACAUUUAGCCCAGAAAGGGGAAGAUGUGGGUUCGAUUUAUUUUGGAGUUUCUGGUUUGUCUGAGCGAGCGGCGUGGACCCGGUUGGGUGGGAAAGUUCUGUGGAAGGAUUCGUCGUUGUGAUUUGAGAGUUUCUUUAAAAAUGUAAAGUGCUGUGAAGUUUGUGACGUCGGUGGUGAAACUAGAAUGUGCUUCAGGAAAGUAGGGAAAGCAGGUGAACAUGCACCUCAAUGAAUUUGAAUGUCGUCAAAAAGGUUAUGUUAUUAAUUCAUACAAAAAAUUCAACUGCUACUGUAUAGAUCAACAAUACAUAAUAUUGAAUUCUGUUUGUUUUGAUGAUUUUUGGGUUUUUAAUAGCUGCAAACCAUAAUCAUCAAAUUUAAUAGCCAUAAAUGGAGAAAAUUAAUUUCUAACUGUCACAAAUCUUGAUAAUACAAAAGUCCAACUUUUUGAAUUGAGUUGUCAAAGUAGACAAACUUUUCAGUGACAUUCCGAUUUGUUGAUGUGCAUCUGUUUGAAGUCAUGGAGAGGAAAGUGAUUCGGUUGCGUGGAGCGGAGGGGAAAUGCAGCUCCAACUACAUGUGAAAUUGAAAAUGAGAAAGGGAGUUUAUUUUUGUUUUGUUUUGAUUUUUUUUUUCUUUUUUUUAUGCGUGUGUGUGUGUCGGCCAAACAAACAGACUCAACCUAUUCUUAACGAAUGCAAUAAACGUCUUUUGAGUGUGUUUUGAUUCUGGAGAGGUAAAGUGCCUGUCGUUUGUCCUUCAUUCCUGCGUUUUGCUGGAAGGUUGUGUGUUCGUUAUGCGUAGCAACAGAAGUGUGUGGUGGGGUUGUGGUUCUCACAAAAUGUCUAUUUUUUUACUUGUUUUGAGUUUGGGUCCUGGAAACCGAAGAGCGUUCACCUCGCAGGUCUAAAAGAAGAAAAGCGUCGUAACGUCGAAGAAACUGAGGAGCUUUAGCAAGUGUUUAAGUAAUUUCAGAGGUCUUUCAUCAAAGUGAGAAGAAGUCUCUGUUUCACAGCGACCAGAACAUAUGUUAAAAAACACAUCUUUUAGGAUUUCCUUUUUGGUUGUUAUUGUCAGAUGUUUGAGUUGAAAGAGAGAUUUUCUUAACGUUCUAAAUUAAUGUAUAUUACUGGAUUAAGCAUUUUAAAUUCCCUAUCCCGACUAUUACAAUCGAGUUCCUGCAGUGAAAUUGGCUACUUGCAUAAAGAAAGCAACAGAUUAGCUUGUUGACGAGCCGCCAAAUGAUAUUAUGAUUUUCACACUGUAGUAGUGUAAGCUGUAGCUCGCUGUUGCGAUCGGUUUUGGCGUCUCGUCAUCUGGGAAACGUCGGGGUAAACACAGAUGGAACCGUCUGCUCCAGUUUCUGUUCUGAGUUAGUCCCGACUGGAGACCAUAUCUGUGUCAGAACAGCUGGCAGACUCACAGCUGAACUUACUAAAUCGGGUUGCAUCAUUAAAACUUGACACACACUCUAUCGUAAACACACCAGAUAAUUAAGAUCCGUAUUAUGUUUGUUAAUCUGUAAAAAAAACAAAACACUGAUGCUAAGUAGUUUUAAAUGCCUUGCUAAAUUCUAUAACUUAUAUGUGAUUUAUUAUUAUUUUUUAAACAUUUGAAUUAUGUUUUGAGACAGUUAGUUUACGAACCAUCAUUUGUAACGUUUUUAUAAAGAGGGAAGGGAAAAUACAAGCUAGCUUCUUUAUUCCACUGCUCAUACUUUCACUGACCUUAAAAAUAGUUGGUUUAUUUUAGAUUAUCAUUAGCCAAAGUGAGCAGUUGUGAGGUUAUUAGCACAUGAGCAAAGGCAGCAGAGAACUAAGGUGAAAAACUAUUGACUAACAGCUUAGCGGUUCUUACUCAUCAUGGGUUAGGUUUGUUCAGACAAUAGCAAUGCAGCUAAUAUAACUACUAUUUACUAAUUUGAUAGCAAAUUUUAUGAAUGAAUAAAACGUAGCAAGAGAAAUAAGGACAACCGAUAAAUAUUAGUUAGAAACGAAGCAUGCUAGAAAACGGUUAGCGGUUACCAGCUAAAUAUAUUGGUGUUAAUGUCAGUAACUAAUGGCAUUUUAUCUCAUUUUAUCCCAUUAUGUAAAUAGGUAAUAGGAAAGGAACGAAUACCUUAACAAAAUUACCACAUCAACUAGCCACAAAACUUUUUUUUUUUUUUUCAUAUUUAGUUAUAUUGGCAAAUUACUUAUAAUUUUUUGGAUAACUGAUCAUAGGCAAUGAUUCUAUUUUUUGGUGACAAACAAAACAAAUGGGAUUAGCGGUUACUAACUUAACAUCAAUACUAAACGUAUUGAUGUUAAUGUCAAUAAUUAAUCCCAUUUAAUAUUUUAUUAUGUCGUUAAAUAGUAAGUUAGCUUCUCCACUAGUUCCAAAACUCCUGGAAGGUUAGGAACAAAGCGAGGUAUAAUUCUGUACUAGUUUCUACACUGACAGAUGACUUAUUUCUUUAUUAUUUAGACGAAUGACAUUAGACAAUGAUUGAUUUUUUUGUAACAAAAACAAACAGGAUUAGCAAUUACUAUUUAUUUAUGCUAAUGUUUGCAACAUCAGUGCUUACUGUACCACUGUGUUUUUUUAGUAAAAUAAAUUUGCUUGUCAGCUAACUUUGAAACAUUAAAUUUUUGGAAAUAAUUAAGUAUUUUUGACAAAUAUACUUAAUUAAAUUAAGUAUAUAUAUAUAAUUAAUAAAGCUAGUAUGACAAAUACUAGCUUUAUGAGUUAGCCACAUUAGUUACACAAACAGUACAUUAGCAGUUAGACGUUGUUUUUAAUUUAUUUGACAGUAACGCAUUUAAAAGUUAAUUAUACUGCUAUAUAUGCAUACAUAUAACAAGUUUGAUUCUACGUUUUAACAAAAUGUAGUUAAAAGUCAAACACUGGCUAUUUUGAAAGAUUGCGUAGCUGUUAACGUAAUAAGAAGCUGUAAGGUGCGGAGAUCUUUAGUUGCAAAUUUCGUUUUCUUUUUGUUUUCCUGAAACAUAAUAGAAAAACCAAAAAGCAUAUUCCGAGUAGCGCAGCUGUUGGAAAAAAAAAAAAAUGUUUUAGCAUUGCCACUCGUAUUUGAAAGUGACUUACUAGCAAGCAUGCGCUAGUGUACGAAAGAACAGUUAACAUAUUAAGCAUUUGAUUGCUUUUUGUAGCGAGUUUAUUUGAUGCAACCCGUUUUAAAAGAAUAUCAGAAUGAUUACAAAGUAACUUUGAAGCCCUUGCAGCCAAAUCCAUCAAAUAUAAAACUCAGUGCAACAAUUGCUGUAGUUUACACUGACAAAGUAUAAGCUUCCAGUAAAGGAAAAAAGUCAUUUUAAUAGGGAGGCCAACAGUGGCAUUUAUCCAGUACUAAUAUUAGCAAAGAGGGGGGAAAAAGCAGAUCAGGAAAAGAUUUAUUGUCUAAAGUGCUCUUAAUAUUUGUUUUGCCCAACAUUGAGGGGCAUCAAUUUGAGUCAUAUACAUAUCCAUGCCAUCUUUUUUUUUUUUUUACAUUGUUGUUUUUCUAGUAGUAUUACUUCAUCUCUCUAAGCAAAUCUACUCUGAUUUAAGUCGACUUUGAUGAACUACCUCACGCUGAAUUUCUGUCAGUUCUUGGUAAUAUUUUGUCACCUGCAGAAUGAGCUUUCAAAGGUGUGUGAAUAACAGAUUCCAUUAUUUAUUUAUUUGAAAGUGUACUAUUUGUCAGUUUCAAGCAGACUUCUAGUUUUGUACAUUAUGUAUACUUCACCCAGAAGUAAAAGAAUUAUUGUAUUGUUUUCUUUUUUUUCUUUUUUACUAAAUGUGCAAUACCUUCAGCAAACUGUGCUAGUUGUAUGUAUAGGUUUAGCAUUUGUUAGCAUUCUCCUGAAGGUAAAGAAAAUGUUUGGUACUGUCAAUUCAUGUUUUCUUUCUUUUUCUUUUUUUUUUUUUACAAAUAAGAUUGAUUUUUAUUUGUGACUUGUUUUAUAGUUAUAAUGUUACGUAAUCUGUCACACCCACCCAAAACCUCUGUCAGGGUUUGAUGGAGAGACUGAUGUUUCAUCAAAUAACCCUGGUCUGAUAGAUUUUGUUUGAUGUGGGCUGUAUUAGUAUAAGAUGCAAAAAAAAAAAAAGUUUAAAAAAAGUGAGUAAAUACCUACAAGAAAUUGUUAUGUUAUACUAUGGUGCUGGUUUGUAAUGUUUGCCAGUGAAUCCAGCCAUGCUACUAGUUUUAAGAAGUCCUGGAUCUGUGCGUCCCAACUGCAACCAAUGGAAAAAAAAAGUGCACUAAAAGAAAACAUGCACUGGGAUCUCAUGAUGCCACCUCUUAUAAAUGGAAAGAACAUCUACUGCAAAUAAAGAAAUACACUUUGA